AUGUCCUCCAUCACCCCCGCCACAUUUGCCGCCCUCCACCCCGUCCACCACCUAAUCUUUGAAGAACUCGUCGCCUCCGCCCCUCACUCGGUCCUCCGGCUCUGCUCCUCCACCUACGAACGCAUCAUCCCCUUGCUGUAUGUCGACAUAUCCCCUUCUCCCGCCGUAUUCGAGGGCCUUCAAUCGGAUGCAGGAGAGGAGUGGACUCUAGAGGCUUUGCAAAAUACAAGGACGCUCAAGAUCUGCGACUUUACGAGCCUCGAUACGCUCUAUGGACUUACUGGUGUAGAGCCCCAUUCCCAUACGAUACCCUCUCCCUCUGUUCCAUCAGACGCGAUAGAAGCUAUCCCUCGCUACCGCCACAUAUACCGCAACAUCUUCCCCAAUCUUGAACGUCUCGAAUUUGGCUUCCCAGUCCUCCGAGAAAGAGUCGAUGCCUAUAUUAAUCCGCACUUCCCGGAGGAGGGCCGCGGUCCGGUAGAUCGAGAAAAGAUGCUUUUCCGGCGCAUCGAGAGGCUGUUGCCGAGCAAUCUCAGGGAGGUUGUCUUCCAUUUGGACGAGGAAGGAGAGGAGUACUGGAACAAGGCCAGGCACUUCCUCCACACUCUAGCCCCUCGAGACGCAGUCAUCAUGAUCCGAGGAAAAAUCCUGAAUAGAGCCAAGACUUUGGCCGCUGGGCUGGGGGAUCUGUUACCCUUGUCAUGGGACAGGGCCGAGCGUCUUCGGGUCUUUGUUGAACCUCAAGGAGACUGGGACUCGCUUGAUUAUACUGACAAGGCAAAGAUUCACUUUUCGCCCAUGGGUAUAUCGGUCUACCAAUACGCCAGCAAUCUUUAUGACGAGCUCGCUGAACGGGGCUGGACAUCAGGGAGCGGGCAGGAAUUACCAAAAUCGGUACCGCGCGUCGAGAUUCACCUUCCCGAGCGCGCUCGUGUGCUUCAAUGGGUAGUAGACGAUGAUGUGCACCGGCCAUUGGAUACGCUGUUGGAGGAGGGGAUAUUGGUUCUGAAGGAGCUUGACAUGGAGGUAGUGGAGAAGCUGGGUGUGAUGGAAUGGGCAGGAGUGGCUUAA